AUGUCUGCCCCCCAGUUCUGGUCGACUCCCUUCCGCUACAUGCGCUGGGCCUCGCACGAGAAGCCCGCCAUCUUCUUCUCCAUCUUUAUUGCAAGCCUGGGCCCCGUCGCGCUCGUCGGCUUACCCCCGCUCCGCCACGCGCUCGGUGACGUUGACCCGGCACCUAUCCCCAUGACAUAUCCCAUUCCGCCGGGUCCACGAGUGAUCCCUAAGGGCUUUGAUGACGAGUAA